AUGCUAUCGAACAAGUCUCCUAAGGCUCCUGCUUACAAAUCCUCGGUCAAGUCUCCUCUCAAGACGGUGCUCAUCACCGGCAGCAACCGCGGCAUCGGCCUGGCCUUCGCGCGGCACUACGUCAAGCAAGGAUGGAACGUCGUGGCCUCUGCGCGUAACGUGGACGCGGCCGAGGAGCUCCAGCGUCUCCAGCCCUGGAAGACAAUCACGCUCGACACGGGCGACGAGCAGUCGAUCUCGUCUGCCGCUAAGGCGCUCAAGGGCGUGGCUCUCGAUGUGCUCAUCAACAACAGCGGCAUCUCCAUCGGCGGCGGCCUGGACGUCACCACCAAGGAGGACAUGAUGCGCCAGUUCGAGGUGAACACCGUGGGCCCUUUCCUCAUGACGCGCGCCUUCCUGCCCAACCUCCGCCUUGCGGUGGCGGCCCACGGCGAGGCCUUCGUGGCGCAGAUCACGUCGCGCAUGGGAAGCAUCGUUGACAACGGAUCGGGCGAGCCUGGCGCUGGACCUCAAGUCGGAGAAGAUCGGCUGCCUGCUGCUGCACCCUACGUCAACACUGCCAUCGUCAACUUCACGGGCAUUGUGUCGCCUGAGGACAGUGUUGCCGGCAUGGUGCGCAUCAUCGAGCGCGCCAACGUGGACGACAAGCUGCAGAUGUUUCACUUCGAGAAGGGCGACGCGCUGCCGUGGUAGAAUCUUGUUGCUGGCGUGGUAGUGUUGAGCAGGGGGUUCACUCAUGCUCUAGCUCUUUGACUUGGUGCACACGGAUUAGCCCGAGUUAAUCUAUACCUUUUGUUU